AUGGAAGUGAAUGAGAUUGCCAAGGAAGAAGAUGGAGAACAAAAAGAAGAGGACCAAAUACAGAACUUUGAGGGAGAGCUUUAUGCUUUGGGGGAGGUUGGGGCCAUGGUGGUGAUCAAUGUGGUAUUGACAUACUUACUAGGCAGAUGUCAUCAACACCAGGGGUCAGCUGGAGACCCUGGCUACCCAAGUGCCAGAGAGCAGCCUCUGGAGUUGAAUGACCUGGCACGUGACCCCCCAGCGCAGUGUUCAGCAGGUCCUGUUGGAGAUGAUAUGUUCCAUUGGCAAGCUACAAUAAUGGGGCCAAAUGAUAGUCCCUAUCAGGGUGGAGUAUUUUUCUUGACAAUUCAUUUCCCAACAGAUUAUCCCUUCAAACCACCUAAGGUUGCAUUUACAACAAGAAUUUACCAUCCAAAUAUAAACAGUAAUGGCGCAUUUGUCUUGAUAUUCUACGGUCACAGUGGUCGCCAGCACUAA